AUGCUGUCCUGCUUCUUGUUCCUCUCCAAGCAUAUCAGCACUUCGCUGGUGUCCCUGCGCAGCGCGCGUGGUGGCUUCAAGCUCCGGCCGCACCCCUCACGCCCCUGGCCCGCCGCCCCACGCCGCCUGUUGUCCGCAGCCGCCUCCUCCAAGGACUCCGCUGGGUCCUCCUCUGCCCCCUCCCGGGUGCGCCAGAACUUCCAUCCGGAAACAGAGGCAGCCAUCAACCGUCAGAUCAACCUCGAGCUCUAUGCAUCCUACGUGUACUUGUCCAUGGCCUACUACUUCUCCCGCGAUGACGUGGCCUUGAACAACUUCGCUAGAUAUUUCCUUCGCCAGUCCCGGGAAGAGACCGAACACGCGGAGAAGCUGAUGAGGCUGCAGAACCAGCGGGGAGGCAGGAUCUGCCUGCAGGAUAUCAAGAAACCCCGCCGGGACAACUGGGAAAGUGGUCUGAAUGCCAUGAAAUGUGCUCUGCUCUUGGAAAAGAAUGUGAACCACUCAUUGCUGGAAUUGCACACUCUGGCCUCAGCCAAAGGUGACCCCCAUUUGUGCGACUUCCUGGAAACCCACUAUCUAAAUGAGCAGGUGAAGUCUAUCAAAGAACUAGGUGACCACGUGCACAACUUGAUUAAGAUGGGGGCCCCGGAUUGUGGCCUGGCAGAGUACCUUUUUGACAAGCAUACCCUUGGAGAUGAAAAGAAUCAGAACUAA